GUUCCCCUUCUCUUUUAUUCACAGAUUCAUUCGUAUACUCGUUUCUGGACGCCAUCGUGUUCUGUUGUUUCAUCAUUUUACUGUAAUGCCGCUACUGGACUGUUAACUUUGUAAUAUAUAAUAAACGUAACACUUGCAUUAAUGCAUAUUUAUAUCAAAGUAUCGUUGUUAUAUAAUUCUUUACAGGCAUCCUGUGGUUAUUGUUAACAAGAUGUUAAUCUAUCCAGUCUGUCCAGUUCACGAAUGCCAAUGCUGGACUUUCGUAAUUGAACGACUGCAACCUGACGUCAGCAUUGCGUCAUUAAUAUUCAUUAGCCACGCCUUCGCCAGGUAAGAGUCACAAAUCCUAUUCACUCUCAGAAGAGAAAGUAGAACAAACCUGUUCUCAGCGUUAUUUCAGCUCCACGGGCCUAACAGCAGCAAACUCUGAGCUCUCGGGAAAUAGAAGAGUUUAUCCUGCUUGAUAGUUUUGUUGAUUUUAAAGAAGAGAAGAUGAGUUUUAUUCCCGUGCUUCUGCUUCUCUUUGCUUUGAGCUCAACACUGGCACAGAAAACGACACCGGACGCAUCAACACUGAGGACUAAAGUCACAGAACAAACUACAACACAAACUACAAAACAGACUACGACACCACCUCCAAGUUGUGAGAGCAAAAACGGCACUAGCUGUGAAGAAUGCUUGUCAAAUGUCAAUUGUUUAUGGUGCAUCCCAAACAAGAGGUGUCUGACAUACCCGGUCAAAACCAUCCUGCCCCCCAAUUCCCUCUGCCCGCUAAAUGAUGCUCGCUGGGGUCUGUGCACAAUAAACUUCCAGAUCUUGAUCAUCACGCUGUCCGUGGCUGGAGCGCUCCUCAUCAUUGGCUUUUUUAUCUGCAUCUUCUGUUGCUGCAAGUGUGAGAACAUCGGAUCCGGUCGAAUUGAAAAAAAUAUGAACCGGAAGGCAGACAAGAGAAAGACAAAACAAGGGGAGAGAACCGCAGAGCUGAAGACAAGACAUGAUGAGAUCCGGCAAAAAUAUGGUCUCAGCCGAGCGAGCCCAUACGCCAGAUUUGAAAAUCCCACCUAAAAGUGUUGGUUUUAAUGUGUCAUAGAUAUAUUCUUUUACAGUCUAUAGUCUCCAUGCAAACAGGAAGAAUGUGAUUCUGCUAUUCUGCACAUUGUGAUUUCUACAGUAUCAGAAUUCAUCUUCAGAUAUUUCCUAUUCAGUUAUUUUAUUCUGUAUAUCUCAGAAACAUUUGAACUUUCUCGGGUAGGCCUCAUUUCUUGUAAAAUGGUUACUUUGUUACGUAUGAAUAAGACUGCCUGUAUUUAUUUAUGUUAAGUGGACAUGUAUGUUGUAUGAAGUGUUUUUGUCCGACACUGAUAAAGCUUCAGAAUGCUGACACAGCACACAGUCUCUAUAGCUCUGAAUGAGCUCAGCGUCCGCACGGCUUUGACAUCUGCACACGUUUCUCACGCUCUGUGAACGAUUACAGCACGUGCAAUCAGAAUAAAAAUCACCCAUUUUAGAAAAAUA